AUGAGCACCCACGGAGACCCCAGUGCCACCGGGCUGUGCUGGUCCCAGUGCCGUGACCCAAAUCUGCUCAGCGGCUCUGCCCUGGCACCGUGUACCCGGGCAUCCCCGGUGCUGGUGCAGGACCCGGUGCAGGAGAUGGUCCUGGUGCAGGACCCGGUGCUGGUGAUGGUCCUGGUGCAGGACCUCGUCCCAGUCCCGGUCUCGGUCCCGGUGCAGGACCCGGUGCCAGUGAUGGCCCUGGUGCCAGACUUGGUGCUGGUGAUGGUCCUGGUGCAGGACCCAGUGUCGGUCCUGGUGCAGGACCCGGUGCCAGUGAUGGCCCCAGUACCAGACCCAGUGCUGGUUCUGGUCCCAGUGCAGGACCCGGUGUCGGUCCCGGUGCAGGACCCGGUGCCAGUGAUGGCCCCAGUACCAGACCCAGUGCUGGUUCUGGUCCCAGUGCAGGACCCGGUGUCGGUCCCGGUGCAGGACCCGGUGCCAGUGAUGGCCCCAGACCCGGUGUCGGUCCUGGUGCAGGACCUGGUGCCAGACCCGGUGCUGGUGAUGGUCCCGGUGCAGGACCCGGUGCCAGACCCGGUGCUGGUGAUGGUCCUGGUGCAGGACCCGGUGUCGGUCCCAGUGCAGGACCCGGUGCCGGUCCCGGUGCAGGUCCCGGUGCCCGCUGCUGGUCCCCGCGGGCCGGGCGGCGUGAUCAGCUACGUGGGCUCCAGCGGCGCCUCGCCCAACCGCACCAGCCCCGUCUCGCUCUGCAGCGACAGCUCCAACAGCAGCUCCCAGUCGGGCUCCCAGCCCUUCCCCACCUACUUUCCCCCAUCGCCCACCGGCUCCCUCCAGGACUCCCGCGCCUAUGGCGGGGGCUCGCUGGCCCCCCGUGAGGACGGCUCCCCUUCAUCCUCCUCCUCCUCCUCCUCCUCCUCAUCGCCCGCGGGCGCGUCCCCCCCCGCCUUCCCCUACGGCGUCCACGCCUGCGAGGGCUGCAAGGGCUUCUUCCGCCGCAGCAUCCAGCAGAACAUCCAGUACAAGAAGUGCCUCAAGAACGAGAACUGCUCCAUCGUCCGCAUCAACCGCAACCGCUGCCAGCAAUGCCGCUUCAAGAAGUGCCUGCUGGUCGGCAUGUCCCGUGACGCGGUGCGCUUCGGACGCAUCCCCAAGCGGGAGAAGCAGCGGAUGCUGGCGGAGAUGCAGAGUGCCAUGAGCGGCAUGGGCAGCCCCCGGCUCUGCCCCCCCGCCUACCCCGAGCCCCCGGUGCGGGGCUGCCCCUGGCCCCGCGGCACCAAGGACGUCCUGCCGGCUUGCCCCAUGAACAGCCACCCGCCCGGCCGCAGCGGGCGCUCGGUGCAGGAGAUCUGGGAGGAUUUCUCCCUCAGCUUCACCCCCGCCGUCCGUGAGGUGGUCGAGUUCGCCAAGCACAUUCCCGGCUUCCAGGCCCUCUCCCAGCACGACCAGGUCACCCUGCUCAAGGCCGGCACCUUCGAGGUGCUGAUGGUUCGCUUCGCCUCGCUGUUCGACGUGAAGGAGCAGACGGUGACGUUCAUGAGCCGGACGAAGUACAGCCUGGAGGAGCUGUGGGGCAUGGGCAUGGGCGACCUCCUCAGCUCCAUGUUCGAGUUCAGCGAGAAGCUCAGCGCCCUCGACCUCACCGACGAGGAGCUGGGGCUCUUCACCGCCGUCGUGCUGGUCUCGGCAGACCGCUCGGGCAUGGAGGACACGGCGUCGGUGGAGCAGCUGCAGGAGACGCUGAUCCGCGCCCUGCGCGCCCUGGUGCUGAAGACGCACCCGGCGGAGACGUCGCGGUUCACCAAGCUGCUGCUGAAGCUGCCGGACCUGCGCACCCUCAACAACCUCCACUCCGAGAAGCUGCUCUCCUUCCGCAUCGACGCCCAGUAG